CUGGCAGAGCUGGCAAAGAGAGGGAAAAAAACGACAGAAGUACUCCAAAGAAGGCUUUCCUCGCAAAUAACGGUCUGAAAGUGAUAACGGUCCGUCUACGACAAGAAAUACUGGCACAUACAUCUCCCUAAACUGGACAAACCUCUUGUGCGAGAAGGAAUAUAACAUGUCCAGAUUAAACGGAUAAAACUGGCCUCUCAUCAAUGCCCAGCCAAGUCUCAAUGUUGUGAAAAUGAAACCUUUGCUUUUGUUCUACAGUUAAAACAAUAUAUAACACAGACUCUAGUAGAUUUACGGAAAUUAGCUUUCUCGAUCCGCCCCCUAUUUCUAUUCAUAUUAGCCCCUUGUCAGAGCAACAAUGUACGGUAGUGCCCGAUCCGUGGGCAAAGCGGAGGGCAACCACAGUGGUGGGAGCAAUCAAAGUCCCGGCCGCUCGCCUCGUCUCCCUCGGUCCCCCUGCCUGGGUCACCGCCGCACCAACAGUACAGGUGGCAGCGGGGCGGGAGCAGGGAGUCCCGGGGGUAAAACCCUCUCCAUGGAGAACAUUCAGUCCCUCAAUGCUGCCUACGCUACAUCUGGCCCCAUGUACCUGAGCGACAACGAGGUGGUGUCAUCCGGUCCAGACCUGCCAAAGAGCACCAUGACACUGGGCCGCUCGGGGGGUCGGGUGCCUUACAGUGUCCGGACGACUGUCAUGGGAAGCAGCCCGAACAUCUCCGCCGGGACACCUGGCUCUGUGCCCACUGAUGCAAUCGCUUUUGGAGACCACCAUAUGCCUUCCAGCCUGGCGUCCACUGUGCCUCACUCUCUGCGCCAAGCACGGGACAACACCAUCAUGGACCUGCAGGCUCAGCUCAAGGAGGUGCUCAGGGAGAAUGACCUCCUGAGGAAGGAGGUGGAUGUGAAGGAGAGCAAGCUCAGCUCCUCCAUGAACUCCAUCAAGACCUUCUGGAGUCCCGAGUUGAAAAAGGAGCGCGCUCUACGGAAAGAUGAAGUGUCGAAGAUUGCUGUUUGGAAGGAGCAGUAUAGAGUUGUGCAGGAUGAGAAUCAGCAUCACCAGAUGACCAUCCAGGCCCUGCAGGAUGAGCUUCGUAUUCAGCGAGAUCUGAACCAGCUGUUCCAGCAGGACUCAAGCGUUCGUCCUGGCGAGCCCCUGAGCGCUGAGCUAACUGAGGAGAACUUCCAGCGACUGCAUGGCGAGCAUGAGCGACAGGCUAAGGAGCUCUUUCUCCUCAGGAAGACUCUGGAAGAGAUGGAACUCCGUAUUGACACGCAGAAACAGACGCUCAACGCCCGAGACGAGUCAAUCAAGAAGCUCCUGGAGAUGUUGCAGAGCAAAGGGCUGUCGGCCAAAGCCAGCGAGGAGGACCAUGAGCGCACACGGAGGCUGGCGGAUGCCGAGAUGCACAUCCAUCAUUUGGAAAGCCUUCUGGAGCAGAGGGAGAAGGAAAUUACUUUGCUCAGGGAGGACCUCCACAGACGAUAUGAGGCUGCACCAGAAUCUUCCAAAACCAAGGCCCUGCAGACAGUCAUUGAGAUGAAGGACUCUAAAAUCAGCUCUCUAGAGCGCAGUCUAAGAGACCUGGAGGACGAGAUUCAGAUGCUGAAAUCAAACGGAGCUCUCAGCACAGAGGAGAGAGUGGAGGAGAUGAAACAGAUGGAGGUCUACCGUAGUCACUCCAAGUUCAUGAAGAAUAAGGUUGAGCAACUGAAGGAGGAUCUGGCGCAGAGUGAAGCGCAGGGCGAGGAGUUGAAAAAGCGGGCAGCUGAGCUGCAGCAAGAGGUCUCUGCCAUUGACCAGGUGAAACAGGACCUGUCCAGGAAGGACACAGAAUUGUUGGGCCUGCAGACCAAACUAGAGACACUCACAAAUCAGUUUUCAGACAGCAAACAGCACAUCGAUGUACUCAAAGAGUCUCUCACUGCCAAAGAACAGCGUGCUGCCAUCCUGCAGACUGAGGUUGAUGCUCUUCGUUUACGUCUAGAAGAGAAAGAGACCAUGCUUAAUAAAAAGAGCAAACAGAUUCAGGAAAUGUCGGAAGAGAAGGGCACACUCGGCGGAGAGAUCCAUGACCUCAAAGACAUGCUCGAUGUCAAGGAACGCAAGGUCAUCGUGCUGCAGAAAAAGAUUGACAAUCUUCAGGAACAGUUGAGAGAUAAGGAGAAGCAGAUGACCAGUCUGAAGGAGCGUGUCAAAUCCAUGCAGGCCGACACUUCAAACACUGAUACGGCUCUCACCACGCUGGAGGAGGCCCUGGCUGAGAAGGAGCGCAUUAUCGAGCGUCUGAAGGAGCACAGGGACAGAGAUGAGAGAGAGAAGAAUGAAGAACUGGAGAGCAACAAGAAAGAACUGAAAGAGCUGAAAGAGAAGGUCAGCUUACUGCAGGGAGAUCUGACUGAUCGUGAGGGCUCACUAUUGGACCUGAAGGAGCAUGCCUCGUCCUUGGCCUCCUCUGGAGUGAAGAAGGACUCUAAGUUGAAGAGUCUUGAAAUCGCUCUUGAGCAGAAGAAAGAGGAGUGCACCAAACUUGAGAGUCAGCUUAAGAAGGCUCAGUCAGCUGCGGUUGAGGCCCAGGCAAACGCAGGGAUGUCUGAGCACAUUGACACACUUGAACUGGAGGUGGCGCGCUACAAGGAGGAUGCCGGUAAGGCGCAGGCAGAAGUGGAUCGGCUGCUGGAGAUCCUCAGAGAGAUGGAGAAUGAAAAGAACGACAAGGACCACAAGAUCAAUGAGCUGGAGAGGCAUAUGAAAGACCAAAGCAAGAAAGUGGCUAACCUGAAGCACAAGGAGCAGGUGGAGAAAAACAAGAAUGCUCAGCUUUUGGAAGAGGCUCGGAAAAGAGAGGAUAACAUCAACGAGAGCUCUCAACAGGUCAAGGAUUCUCUGCGGCAGAAAGAUGAACGAAUUGAGGAGCUGGAGGAGGCCUUGCGUGAGAGUGUACAGAUCACGGCUGAGAGAGAGAUGGUGCUGGCACAAGAGGAAUCUGCUCGAGCACAUGCUGAGAAACAGAUGGAGGAGCUGCUGGCCGCUAUGGAUAAGGUGAAGCAGGAGUUGGAGUCCAUGAAGGCCAAGCUGUCGUCCACUCAGCAGUCCCUGGCGGAGAAGGAGGCCCACCUGACCACGCUGAGGGCAGAGCGCAGGAAGCACCUGGAGGAAGUGCUAGAGAUGAAGCAGGAGGCUCUAUUGGCAGCCAUUAGUGAGAAAGAUGCCAACAUUGCUCUUCUGGAGUUGUCGGCAUCAAGGAAAAAGAAAACUCAAGACGAGGUGGCUCUUUUGAAGAGAGAGAAAGAUCGACUGGUACAACAGCUCAAACAGCAGACGCAGAACCGCAUGAAGUUAAUGGCUGAUAACUACGAGGACGACCACCUCAAGGCCUCCAAUUCUGAUCACACCAAUCACAAACCCUCUCCAGAUCAGAUUAUACCCCCCCUUAUAGACCUCAAUCAGAACCGCAGUAAACUGAAACUGUACAUCGGCCACCUCACGGCCCUGUGCCACGAGAGAGACCCCCACAUCCUGCAGGACCUGGCCCCGCCCUCCGCAUACCACCGCAGCCAACAGGACGCCUGGGAGGAGGAGCUUCAAAAGAUGAGUCCCGAACAGCUAGAGUCUGAGCUGGAACAGUGUGAGAGAGAGAGUGCAGAACUGCAGGAAUACGCAAACUCCGUCCUGCAGCAGAUCGCCGACCACUGCCCCGACAUCCUGGAACAGGUCGUCAAUGCUCUGGAAGAGUCAUGCUGACCAGACAACAUCAUGUAGAGGCACCAAAUCAGGCCUCCUCCUCUCUUACUCUGUCUCUCUCUUUCUUCGGUUUUUCACUUCAUUUCACAGCCAACGGAUGUCAGCACAAAAAUACAAACUCUUUCACCCACAUGCACCCUCACAAGUCAAAGUACAGAACGAGCAGGAAGAGACAUAUAUACGGGACAGACUGACGGCUCACAAGAAGUGAAGUGCACGCUUGAACUGCUGUCCCGUUCUUCAAAUCCCUUCCUCUUUGCACCUUCACAAUACUUUUUACACUUCAUUCUCUGACCCACAUAAACACAAUGGGAAGGAGAAACCGAAGACAGAGGGGAUCCAAGAGGCAGAGAAUUUCAGAAUUACAAGACAUAUUUGCAUUGUUUUUAACGUCUGUCCUCAGUCUCACAAUGCUGUCCUGCAGGAUGUGGAGUUCUUUCUGUGUGGGGCGGGAAAUAGGCUCCUUAUCUUGAUAUACGCGAUUGCCACAGCGUUUAAAAGCUGCAGAUGCAGGAUUUUGAAACCGUUUUGAAGCAAUUUAAAUUUUUUCUCCCUCUCUUUUUUUUGUAGAUGUUUUGUUACUGACGUUAAAUUAUGGGUCAUUCGCGCAGGGCAAAACUCCUGCACUCUCGAAACCAUCUGGUUUCACUCAAAAGCUUCGUUAAUGUUCCAGUUGUGCCAGCAGACAGUCCUCCCGGAUUUAAACAUACUUUUACUAUCAUAGUCAGUAGUGGGUUUAGAUUACUGCAACCCCCCAACCAUCUGGGAAUUUACUAUUGACUUGGUUACUGGCCGAUUUCCUCCAAAGUCAAUUCGUAAAAUGUAUGAAAGGGACAAUGUGGGUAAUGUUAUCCUAUAUGCACCUGUCACCAGGUCAUAGUAUUUCUUUUGCAAAAACCACAGCCUGGUUUGUGUCUUUUAAAGAUGAGAGGAAGAAAAUUAUUUGCCUUGGAAGUUGUUGGUUUAUUGCUGCUAACAUUUGUCUUUGCAUGUGGCCUGGUUUUUUUUUUUUUUUUUUUUUUUUUUUUACAUGGGCGGCUCUGCACAGGGUGUUAUUAUGAACACAGAUGUUGUGAAGGCAAAAAUGCCUAAUCAUCAGAGCAGCCACCACACAUCACUGGGAAAUAGGAAAACAGUCACCUAUCAUUCAUUCUGCACUUCAAAAUGUAUGAGGUCCCACACUGGGAUGAAGACUGGCAGUAGUUUCUCAAUUUGCUUGCUUUUCCAAAGCAAAAAGUUUGAGACAGCAGCUUUUUGAUGAAAAAAAAAAACUGUGAUUUAGAUGCCCUCUUGUUUUAGACCCCUCUCUUUAAAGGGAUAGCUCACCCACAAAUGAAAGUUUAGUCAUCAUUCAUUCAUCCUCAUGUCGUUCCAAACCCAUAUGACUUUUUUUCUUCCAUGGAACACAAAAGAUGCUAGGGACCUUUCACUUUCAUUGCAUCUCUUUUCCGUUCAAUAAAAUGUGAAUGGUGAUUGAGGCUAUCAUUCUGCCUGACAUCUCCAUUUGUGUUCCAUGGAAGACCGAAAGUCAUACGGGUUUGGAACAACAUGAAGGUGAGUUAUAGAUUACAGAAUUUUUGGGUGAACUAUUUGUUUAACUCUCUCUUUGAGAUCAGAUGGUAGUUGAUGCAAGUUGGUACUGUUGAUUUGUGCACUAUUGCACCAUCAGAGAUACCAUCAUGUAGAUAACGCUUUGAUCCCAUGCAUAUUGCUUGUACCAUCAUGUUUCUCUUUUUUUUUCUUUUACUGGCUUCAUCUUCCAACUCUUUAUAUCUCUUUUAGCACAGUUUAGAGGUGUUUUCCUAUUCACUUUAUGGUUAUAUUGGUCUAUAUCUGCAGGGUCUGAGGUGUCCAUCUCCGGACUGGCCACAAAAGCGAUAAGACAUAACCUCGUUCAACUCGCGAUAAAUGUUGUUGCUUCGUCUCGCAGGUUGGCUGUUGCUUUAAAGUCCGUAGUCGACUUCCCCUCCCAUUGCUCUUGUGGAUGACACUAGGCAUAAUGUGCCCUCUGCUCCUCUCUCUGUUCCCUCGCUCUAUCUCCUCACUCUAUCUCCUUAUCCCAUAGUUUAUGGCUCUGACUUGCUGGGCCGUGUUAGUCAGACUCCUUUCUGCGUGAUAAGCCUGGCAGACAAGACAAACAGCCUCAGAAAUCAGCGAGAGAUCGCAGCAAAUAUAAUCAUCUCACACUAUUUCUCACACACUCCUAUAUCUUCAUACCAACGCUCCUGAUGCCCAUACACACUAGUUAUGAGGCAAAACAGCAAUAUGAUACUGGGCCAGAUGUUUGAUGUACCCAGAUUUGACUGGCCACAUAGACUCUUGAAUCAUUCUAUAAGUUAUAAAGAGUUAUUGAGAAUUUAUUUUUUGAUAUUGCCAUUUCUAUUUGAGUGUUGAGUGUGAAUAAUUUAGACUUUAGAGAAGAAAGUAGUAUGGUGAAUCUCAUGAAAACAUGUCCAGGUCAAAUUUUAACCCCAAAAUCAUGAGAAAAAUAAAAAAAGAGAUGUUUUUUUUAAGCCUGUUUUAGGACCUGUAAUAUUGUUUUGUAGUGUGGCAAUAUUUUCAUGACAAUUAAGCACUUGUUAGAAUUUUUUUGUAAUUGCCAUUAUUUUCGGUGUUGAUUCUAAUGAUAUGCUUAUUACUGUAAUACAUUAAUUUUAAUUGUAUUAUAGUAAAAAAAUAAAAUACAGUGUACAUUUUUUUAAUUUUUUUUUAAGAAAAAUAAAUUAUAGGCAGUGCAACAAAUAUGUAUUAAUACUUUACAAUUUAUAUAAUAUAUAUUUUUCUUUAUAUUGCAGUAAUGAAUUAUAUUUUUUAUUGAAUAUUUUCAAUGUGGAUUCAGCUGAUGUUCUUAUAACUGUAAUACAAUCAUUUUUACUGUGUUACAGUAAAACAAAUUAAUUUAAAUCAUCAUAAAUUAAAGGCAGUGCAACAAAUGCUACUAUGAUGUAUAAGUACUUUACAUUUUAAAUAAUAUAUACAUUUCUUUGCAUUACAGUAAUGAGAAUGAUUUUUCAAUAUACUAAUGUGAAUCGGGGGGAAAUGUGCUUAAUUAUCAGGAAAACAAUGUAAAUGAUUUAAUUUAAGCAAAACAUUUUUUUAAUUUAUUUUUUUUAAGCUUGAUUUUGGUGUUGAAUAUGACCCAGACAUGUCGUUUACAGCUUUCGUGAGCGUGAGAUUCAUCCAAAAUCAUGAGAUUCAUCCAAAUGUAUUUAUAAGCCCAUUUAUAAUGCAUUUAUAAUGCAAUUGAAAGCUAAAUUUACCAAGUCACAAUGUUUGGCCACUACCUUCAAGACCAUAUUUGCACACUUGCGCUGGCAAUCCCAAGAAAACACCUAUUUGCGUGCCAUUAUCACGGCUUGCACCGUAGAUCUUAUUGCAGUCAGAUCCGUUGCAUCUCAAUAAAAGAUUUUAUGGUUUUAUGCUCCUAAAUGCCACUAAUGGACUUCCUUAUGAGGUCAUAAAUGCGACGAGCAGCCCUGUUGGGCUCUAAAAAUCAAAUCUGAACUGAUUGAUGACACCCAUCCUGUUUUUCUCUCUCACUCUCUUUCUGUCCGCUAUCUGAUGCGCACACAAACACAGUUUAGCUUGUCACCUAUGAGUCUCUGAAAUAUGGAGCUUGGUUAUCUAUACUGUGGCUGAAUCUCUCAACUUAGACUAAACACAGACCCCUCGUGCACACACACUCGCUAUCACAGACCCUCUCACGAUUUAUGUUCUUCAAUACAGGAGCUGGGCUUUUAACGCAGCUCUCUGUGCCUCUGUUCAGCUUAGGGCACUCUGGAGAAUUCACAAAGAAAACAAAAAGCAGGAGCGCUGUGAUAACCAUGAGUGGAUCAGAGAGAGAGUGGCCCAGCACUUUGGAGAGGCUGUUAUUGUGUGUUGAGUGAGUCUCUGGUAUUUGUGUGAUUGCUGGUUAUAGACAGACCUAAUCACACAGAGGAGUAUGGAAAUUCCCUGCAGGCUUUGGAUCGCUUUGUAUGUUUGGAGGCACCCCAGUCUGGGUGAUUCCUCUGUUUGUUUUUGUAGAACUAAAAGAGAUCAACACCGGCGCAAUUACAAAAGCCAAGAGAGUAUUUGGUAACACUUUCUAUAGAGGCUGUAUAUUUAAUGCAUUAAAACGGUAUUCUAAAUAUAUUCAUAAUGUCUCAUAACACACUGUGUGAACUGUUUUAUCAUUUCUAAAAUAUUGUCACCAUGGUUUUAAUACAUCAUACUUGCCUAUUCAUAGUUACCCCUUAAAAGACUGCAGUAUAAUGCAUUAUAAUACAUUACAUUUUCUUUUGAUCAUGUUAUACUCAUUAUAAUGCAUUAAAACUGAAUAUAUUUAUUCAUAAGAACCUAAAACUAAUAGGGUGUAUUAUAAAGCCGUAGGCUGAAUUGGACCUCUUUUUAUCACUGUCAAACUGUAAGGCCAAAUUUACCUAUACUCAGACUAUAUAAUCACAAUCACCCUAAUUAAUUCGCCCUGUAUAAUAGAAAGUGUUACUGAAUAUACUCUUAUUUUAGCGUACUCUUAAUUUUUCCCAUUAAUUUAUUGCAGAGCAGCUCAAAGGAUGUGGUCAGUUGACUUUCCAUAUUGUUUUAGGCUUUUUACAUCUACCUGCCUUGGAAAUGUGUUCUGCAUAAGUGUGAAUGAGCAUGAGGUGUUCCUUCAUGUUCUAGUAUGAACAUUUAUCAUCCUACUUAAAUUCACAGAGGCAUGUCUGCAGAGGAAGAGAGAAAGAAAGAGAGAGUCUAGCACAUACUGUAAGGGUCCACUUUCUGAUCUCUGCUUCAUUUGUUCUGUCCAGAUUUUUUUAUUUUAUUUUUAUUAUUAUUAUUUUGGCCUAUUACAGGAGACAAUUAUCAUAGUGACCACCUAAAUACUUAAAAGACAAGUGAAAUAUGUCAUGCUGUACAUCCCAUAAUUCAUAACGUUAAUCAGCAAUCCCUGCUCUUUUGGUCUCCGUAGUUUUGUUUUAGGAUUCAUAUGGAUUCUCUAGUGUGUCCACCAUUUUAAAUAUGAUCCUCUCUUACUGUUACUAAAAAUAAAGACUUCUACACAACUGUUACUACACUGCCAGAGAUCUGCCCCAUUAUCAUGUACAUGCAUUUACAGAUAUUUAUGUUUAAAAUAGUUGAUGCUUGGACCUAGACUUAGUUGAACAUUUGCACAAAGUGUCUGAGGGAGAGAACAUAUCCGUCUGAGCAAAAUGGCUGUCUGCCAUUAAAAAAACAAACAGAAAAAAAUAGAAUGAACUAGUAAAACGUUAACAAAAAAUAAAACAUCCAAAGUGUCAAAUCAAAGCUGUUAACAAAGAUUCUUCAAAUUGUUACCAUGUGGUUGAUAAUGUAUGGUUGCAAUAUGCAUCUCUUUUGAUUCUUGAUUCCAACUCAUCUUACAAUUAUUGUUUUAAUAGUUUUUUUGUUUUUUGGGGAUUUUUUGUUUUGCUGUCCUUGAUAGUGUGCAUGAUUCCAAUGCAAUGCUGAAAACAGCGUGUUUUUUUAUAUCACAAAAACAUGUAUGUCUAUUCAUGGGUUUGGAGAAACUUCUGUGAUUGUGCUUCAAGUGAACUGAAAGAUGCCAAGACUUUUGCUUAAGAACUGUGAUUCUAAUAGCACUCUGGGUUGCUGGGCAUUUGGUGUUAUUUUAGGUUAUAAUCAUUCAUGCGUUUACGGGAGAUAAUAACCAUCUUGUGUUGACCAUUUUGGUUAGAAGAACGGUAUUACUCAACAUGAACCCUCAUUUGUUUAGCAUAGUAAUUUAUCACACAAUUUAAACACUCUAAUUUUAUAUGGCGUCUUAAGUAGAUCGUCUAUUAAAUUGUUUACUUAUUAACUCA